CCGAUCGGAGGAAGUGAAACCGUCAAUGUCAAAAGAUCCUGGAUCAGCUGUUUGCCGUCUACCGUCCCCGACGUCUACCGACAGCGGCGACCGGCAACACGAGCACCGGGCAAAAGGAGUGCCUCGUAUGAAGAUAGAAGUCAGGUGCACGGCAGCUUCACCUCGUUUUCAGGCAGCAUGAACUCUCUCCCAGGACGAGCCGCACUGUCUCUGUGCAGGCGCAAGGCAGCGGGCCCGAUGAGGGUCUUCGCCGGCCCCCCGGGUCAUCCUGCAGGGAUCCUGCCGGCCGACAGGGCCUCUUUCCAGGCGGCGCGGGUCUGCCACUCCGGCGCGAACCGCAGGGCCAGCGUCAGCACCAAGAAGCGGGGCUACGACAUCACCAGGAACCCACACCUCAACAAGGGAAUGGCAUUCACCCUGGAGGAGCGCUUACAACUGGGCAUCCAUGGCCUGCUGCCUCCCUGCUUCCUCUCCCAGGAUGUCCAAGUCCUGCGUGUGAUGAAGAGCUAUGAAACACGCUCCAAUCCUCUGGACAAGUACAUCCUGUUGAUGACACUACAGGACAGGAACGAGAAGCUGUUCUACCGUUUGUUGACCUCUGACAUCGAGGAGUUCAUGCCGAUUGUGUACACUCCAACCGUCGGCUUGGCAUGUCAGCAGUACGGACUCGCCUUCAGGAGGCCACGAGGACUCUUCAUCACCAUCCAUGAUAGAGGCCACAUCGCCACCUUGCUCAACUCCUGGCCAGAAGAAGACAUAAAGGCCAUUGUGGUGACAGACGGGGAGCGCAUCCUCGGCCUGGGUGACCUGGGCAGCUAUGGGAUGGGGAUUCCUGUUGGGAAACUGGCGCUCUACACAGCCUGUGGAGGCGUUCGGCCGCAGCAGUGUCUCCCAGUGCUGCUGGACGUCGGCACUGACAACCAGACGCUGCUCAAUGACCCCCUGUACAUCGGACUGAAGCACAAGAGGAUCAGAGGGAAGGAGUACGACGAGCUGAUCGAUGAGUUCAUGCAGGCAGUGACAGACAAGUACGGGAUGAACUGUCUGAUUCAAUUUGAGGAUUUCGCCAAUAGCAACGCCUUUCGCAUGCUCAACAAAUACAGAAAUCGAUACUGUACCUUCAAUGACGACAUCCAAGGCACGGCAUCAGUAGCUGUUGCCGGGAUCUUAGCUGCUUUGAAGAUCACCAAGAACAAACUGUUGGACCACACUUUUGUUUUCCAGGGGGCAGGCGAGGCUGCUCUGGGUAUUGCUCAUCUUCUUAUAAUGGCCAUGGCCAAAGAGGGGGUAGCUAGAGAGGAAGCUGCCAAGAGGAUCUGGAUGGUGGACUCAAAAGGUCUCAUUGUGAAGGGAAGAGGCCAUCUGAACCACGAGAAGGAGGAGUUUGCUCACGAGCACCCGCACCUGAAGACCCUGGAGGAGGUCGUGCAAACCAUCAAACCCAGCGCUAUCAUAGGCGUGGCUGCCAUUGGAGGAGCAUUUACUGAGAAGAUUAUCAAAGACAUGGCCUCCUUCAAUGAGAGGCCGAUCAUCUUUGCCCUGAGUAAUCCUACCAGCAAGGCGGAGUGCACAGCAGAGCAGUGCUACAAGCUCACGGAGGGUCGGGGCAUCUUCGCUAGUGGAAGUCCGUUUGGCAAGGUGACGCUGACUGACGGACGCAUCUUCUACCCUGGGCAGGGAAACAACGCCUACGUCUUCCCUGGAGUCGCUUUGGGUGUUAUAGCCUGCGGAGUGCGCCACAUAUCUGAUGAAAUCUUCCUCACUACAGCAGAGGCAAUAGCUGACAUGGUAACAGAGGAGCACCUGGUUGAGGGAAGACUUUAUCCUCCUCUGAAUACCAUAAGAGAAGUGUCCUUCAAGAUCGCAAUGAAGAUUGUCAACUAUGCGUACAAGCACAACAUUGCUUCGGUUUACCCUGAGCCUAAGGACAAGGAGGCGUUUGUGUUGUCUCACGUCUACAGUCCUGAUUAUGACUCCUUCACUCUGGACACAUACAGCUGGCCACAGGAGGCCAUGAAGGUCCAGGACGUGUGAUCCUGGCCAUCUCUGUCUCUGUCUAAACUAAAUAUGCUGCUGUGGCAUCACAUACACACUCUGCAUUGCCUCCGCACAGAAACUUUGCCAGUGAUUCUCACCUUUUUCUUUUGUUGUUGUUUGCUUCUACAAAAUAUGUUCAGUUCAGUGUGCAGCACACAGUGCUCAUUAGGAAUUAGAUGCCCAAUAAUAAGCCAAGCAAACACUCCAUCAUCCUGUAUAUGUUAAGGAUUCUCUAUGGCAGCCUUUCAUUUACAAGUUGUUUUUUUUUAAUUUUCCAGUGCUGUACUUUUUUUUAUCAGUUCUCUGAAGGUCAGACUGAAAAAAACAUUUUAUAUCCACACAACAGCAUAUCAAAUAUCAUAAGCAUGUCCUCUAUAACUUUACAACUUAAACUGCACUUCUUUCUUUAGCUUUUCCUGCUAGGAUGUUGUAGUAUUUAGCACGUGCAGUCACUCAAAAUCCGUUUUUGAGAGAGAUAUCUCAGCAGUUGAAAGAAAAACAAAUCAGUGUUUCAAAAUAACAAACAAUACUUUCUCUUGUAUUAUCACAAAGAAACGGAGAAAUCAUUUUGAAGCUUAAUCUGAAAAAAAAAAUUCUAACAGGAACUCUCAGUGCCUCUUUGUUUGUGACCUCAGGACAUAACUACUCCACAUUUAGAGGUGUUGGAUAGCAAAGAUCCGGCUCAUCUGGCCCUGCAGCUGCUUCUUCAUAAUUCACACUCCUGUCAAUGUGCACGUUUUAAGAAGCACACAGGGCUGGAAACGCUGCAGGAUCAGCCUUUAUUUCCAUUUCAUUCUCUCUGCUUCCCUGCAAGAAUCCGUUAUUCUUGAUGGAAGUCAUUGCAUUGUUUUCUUGAAUAUGUGUUCAGAGGAGGCAUUGUUAGGGAUUGAGUGUGACCAUCAGGAUGUCUUUUGUAUACAGUGGAGUGUUUUCCUUUAGUUAUUUUACAGAGCUCUGCCUGAUGAUGUGUUUUUGCCAAAGUUACUGAUAAACUGUAUCUUGUCUUUUACUCCUAGAGAAUAUGAUGCUCAGCAAGCUUUAGUACUGAGAGAUAUGCUUGAAGUUUUCAAAGGGGAAAAAUGAAGCUUUUUAAAUAAAACUGUUAAGAAAAUGA